AAGUUCUGGAAGAGAAGCUCAUACAUCUCACAAAGGUACACACCGACGAAAAUUGGUCAGACUUUAUGACCAAAGUAUUACCGAUCAAGAAGUUUGAAGAUUGCUGCAAAGGCACAGGCAUGGCGACUGUUUCGGGCUAAAUCGGGAAGGGGGAGAUUUGUUGGAUUUCCCUCCUUAAGCCCAAAACUAAUCAAAUCAUAAUCAAGCCUUAGUCCAAGAAGAAGAAACAUCUAGAGAAAAGUGGAGAAGUAUAGAUGAAGAAGUGUGUAGAAAAGAAAGUGUGUAGAAGAUGAAGUGUGUAGAAGAUGAAGUGUGUAGAAGAUGAAGUGUGUAGAACUAACUUGUAGUCUCCACUUACUAGUAUAAAUAGGGGUGCUUAGCACCAUUUGUAAUCAUCCAAGAAUCAAGAAAAACAAAGAGAGAAAAUAUUUGUAAGAGAGAGUUUCCAAAAACAAAAUCUUUGUAGUAAACCCUUUCCUAAAUAUUAAGAGUCUUCUUCUUAAAUUUUCUAGUUGUCUAAUACCAUCUUCAUCUCAUCGAUAUUGGAUAAUUUUCCCAACAAAACGAUUAGUAUAGAGGAAACUACUAUCCAUUGAAUCGAUUAGGAGUAAACUGUGUAGAUGAAAGCGAUUCUCGUAACGCAUCACCAUAAGCAUUGAGUAAUUGCAGAUUCUGUUCUCCGCUAGCUAUAGUUUUUAGAUCGAGAAGGAGAUUAGUAAUGGGUUAGUAAUCGAGAAUGAUAAUCAGCAAGUCGUUUAGAUCGAGAAGGAGAAUGAUAAUCGGAUUACGAGAAUCUGCAUUAAUGUAACUUCGAAUGUUCACCUUUGUUUGAUGAAGAUUAUUAAUCUUUACUUCCAUUGGUUUGAUGAAGAUUCAGCUUCUAAUAUAUAACUUUGAAUGUCUCUGUAUACAGCGUUCUUACCACACUACCAAAAGAAGGUUUGCUUACUUUUUAUGCAUGAAUGAAGGAUACAUUGAACAGUGUCAAUGGUAACAAUUUUCAUUAUUUGCAGUUGAGGCUAUGGAGUCACUCAAAAGAUCCUUAGGUAUUCCAGAAAGACUAGGCUGGGAGGCAGAUCCAUGUACUCCUUCCAGCUGGGAAGGAGUGACAUGUAUUACUGACCCAAUUGGUCAAGGCUUUGUAAUCUACGAAAUUGACCUUGCAGACAAAGGACUCAAAGGAUAUAUCAGUGGAAUGAUCAUGCUAUUGCAAAACUUGAAUUCCCUGAACUUGAGUUCCAAUUGUCUGAUUGGUGAAAUUUCGAGUCUAGUGAAUACGAACCUGGUUAAACUGGACCUGUCAGACAACCAUCUUAGUGGAACAAUACAUUCAAAGCUAUCUUCUGCAAGACUAGAGCUGUUGAAUCUGAGUAAAAACCAGUUCACUGGAUGGUUCCCGAAUGAGCUAUAUUCAAUUUUAUAUCGUGGGGGUAUAUUAGACGUCUCUGGAAACAAGGGUUUAUGUGGCGUUGGAAUACCAAGUCUGCCUCAGUGUUCACUGUGGACAAUGGUUCUCCAUACCAAACUUUCUAUUGGUGGUUUCCUAUGGUGUGCUCCGUAUGCGAGUAGCAUUUUAUAUCUCCUUAUUCCACUUCCUGAGGGUUGUGCUGCUAUACACCAUCUCAGACUUUAGCGUGGAUGACAGCUACGCCCUCUUGCGUUUCACAGCGACAGAGCAGAUUCUCUUCGUCUAUGCGGUGUUUGUGUCAUUGUGGCCGCACUAAGGGGUACAUGGGGACAAACAAAAAGCUACUUUAUGGCUGUCAUUAUUCUCUGCUUCUGCCUUUUCUCAAUGCAGCUCUCUGCAGCUGCAUCUAAGGCGAUCUAUAAAAGACCAUGUGCUUAUGAACCUGGAAAGGCUUUGGGUUGUCACCAACUACAGCGUUCUCGUUUGUUUCUAUCAUAUGAGCGACUCGUUCGAUCUGAAAGCCUAUCUGGUUGCCAGGAUCGGAAUUCCUCUGCUACAAGCUAUGCGUUCGAUGAGUUUAAUGCACUACACUUACCUGAUGCUAGCUUUUUGCUAUCUGGUCAGCGCUAUCAUGGCAUAUUAGAACUUUUACUUUCAUGAGUUUUAUUGACUAUCGGUUGGAUACUCGAAUGUUUUUUUUUUUUUUCUUUUUGUCAAAUUAUACUCGAAUGCAUUAUCUCUCUUUCAUUUGGUUAUUGAUUGCAACUCUUUCUUUUUAACAUUAGUUUUUUUUUUUUAAAUAUAUAAUCAAUGAGAGAGAGAGAGGUUGGAUGUAGUUCCAAUUACAAGAGUGAAGAGGUAGAAAAACAAAAAAAUUGGAGAACUUUCAAACAAAAAAAGGCGAAUGGCGACGAAAAUAACAAGCCUGAGGAAUCAAAGACCAAAAAUAUCUUGUCGCCCUUCCGUGUUAUUGUUUAUUGUUAUUGUUAUUGUUUUCAGAAAACUUCUGUUGUGUGAAUUUAUUGUUAAUUCAAGUUCUGAAUCCUAAGUAUUCUCGCUUCCUGGCGAGGUCUUACCUUAGUGUUCAUACGUUACGUUGUUUUCUUGUUUGCAGGUCUA